AUGCCCCCGGCGGCCGGAGAACCGGCAGCGCCGCCCCGAACCCCUCCACUAACCCGACCCCAUGCGUGUGGGCCCCAUCUCCCCGCCCCUCGUCCCGGCCCCCCUUCCCAACCGCCGCGCCCUGAUGCUUGGUGUUUGCCACUCGCCCGCUCGCCCGCAGGGGACUCGUGGGGGUUGCUGGCCUGCCUGUGUGCGGUGCUGUGUCACCUUCCGGCCGUGCCCGCCCUGAACCGCACUGGAGCUGCGGGGCCCGGCCCGUCCAUCCAGAAAACCUACGACCUCACUCGCUACCUGGAGCACCAGCUUCGCAGCCUGGCCGGCACCUACUUGAACUACCUGGGCCCCCCGUUCAACGAGCCCGACUUCAACCCCCCGCGGCUGGGGGCGGACGCGCUGCCCAGCGCCACAGUGAACUUUGAUGUCUGGCGCAGCCUGAACGACCGCCUCCGCCUGGCCCAGAACUACCAGGCCUACAGCCGGCUGCUCUGCUACCUGCGCGGGCUGGACCGCCACGCCUCCGCCUCCUCCACCGGAGACCUGCGCCACAGCCUCGCCCACUUCUGCACCAGCCUGCAGGGCCUACUGGGCAGCAUCGCCGGCGUCAUGGCCGCCCUGGGCUACCCCUUGCCCCCGCCGGCCCGGCCCGGCGCCGCUCCCGAGCCCGCCUGGGCCCCCGGCCCCGCUCCCAGCGACUUCCUGCGCAAGAUGGACGACUUCUGGCUCUUUAAGGAGCUGCAGACAUGGCUCUGGCGUUCGGCCAAGGACUUCAACAGGCUCAAGAAGAAGAUGCAGCCGCCGGCCGUGACCCUACACCUGGAGGCCCGCGGCUUUUGACCGCUGACCUCUGACCUGUGACCAGGGUGCCAGCCCCAGGCUGAGGAAGUGUUGCAAUAAGGGGAAAUGAUGUGGGAGGGCCCCCCUCGUCCCGGGGGCUCCGUCCUGCGGGCCCCAGCCAACGGCCCCCCCGGGACUCCCUCCCACUCCGUCCUCCAGGCGACCCCCUCUCCUCGCCACAGCCCACGGACCCCCCCCCCCCGCCCCCUCCCCAACAUCACACCCUGGGAAGUAAAAUGGUCAUGUGGGAUCUGGGAGUCCCUGACCCCCUCCCCCCGAAGGAGGGCCUUCUUGGGAAGGUCCCACUCUUCUGGAAGAGACCCUCCCUCUCCCGCCUUCCCUACCCAUAAAAUCAGCUGGGGGAGGCCAAAGCAGCAAAAGACGGGAAUGAAGCCCAGGACGUAGAAUCCAAGCAGGAAGAAGCAGGGAUAUAACCGGAAGAGGCGGGUAUAUGAUAGGAAAAGGCACCGGAUCGAACCCAGAGAGGAACUGGACCGAAUUGGACGCGAUGGGGUUAUAACGGGAAGUGGCUGGGAGGAAAUUGGAAGUGGAGGGAUUAGAACAGGAAAUAGUCGGGCUGUAACGGGAAAAGGCGGGAAUGCCACCUCAAACGUUACAGUGGGGAUUGAACUGUUGAAAGGAA